CAUUCAUAUUUUCCUUCAAACAAAACCUAACUCUUCUUUCACACUAAAACCCUAUUCACAAAGUGCGUACCUCCCUUUACCCUUCACAAUCUGCUGAUUUCCCAAUAUCUAGCUAGUGUGGCCAUGAAAAGAAGCACAACAGAAAGAGAGCUGGAUCAUAACAUGACCAUGGCGAACUGCUUGAUGCUUCUCUCUCGUGGGGGUGAAAUUGCCAUGGACGCUUUCUCUCAUGACUCUAGUACUCCUAGCCGUGUGUUUGAGUGCAAGACAUGUAAUCGGCAAUUCCCAUCGUUCCAAGCGCUUGGUGGUCACCGAGCAAGCCACAAGAAGCCAAGGUUGAUGGGAGGUGACGAAAGUCUUGAUUCACAGUCUGAUGGCUCCCCAACCAAGCCCAAAACCCACGAGUGCUCUAUCUGCGGCCUAGAGUUUGCGAUAGGACAGGCUUUGGGUGGUCACAUGAGAAGGCAUAGGACAACCUUAACUACUGAUCAUAUUCAAAACCAAGUCCCUUUCAAUCUCAAACAAAACCUGCAGCAGGCCGCUCCUCUUGGCCGUACUAAUUCUUCACAAGUGCGUAUCGUGAAGAAAACGAGUACAAGUCGGAGAGUCUUGUUUCUGGAUCUGAACUUGACACCCUUUGAGAAUGACUUGGAGUAUCUAAAGCUUGGGAAGGCAGCACCCAUGGUUGAUUGUUUCUUGUAAUUAUUGAUUAUUAAGCUUGCGUAUAAGCCAUGUGGUAGGCGACUCAUGUAGUUUCUUCGAUCUCCUUUCUUCUUUUCUUUUUUGAACAGUACUGUAAGUACGAAUAUAUAUUUGUUCAUUUAUUAUAGAAUAAAACUCAGAGGUAUUUUUAUCUA